UUUAUUGUGACACGUUUAUAAAGAACAUAGCGGUAAAGACAUCAAAGCGGUCGCUAUCAGACACCCAGUACCACCACGGGAAUUGUAAGGCCCGACUACUACGUUAGCAACCUAGGCCUCUACUUAUUGUCUGCGAAAGUAAACAGAGCGCGCGCACGUCACGCAGACUUCGCAGGAAGCCCGCGUACACUUCAGGGACUGUGGAAAAAAAUUAAGUGAGCGGCGUACAACUGGACCAAUCGCUGGUGUGUCACGAGACUUCACCAACCAGUCGAGGCGAAGGAGAAGGGCGUUCUGUCGUGCGUCUGACGUCACGCGUCCCCCGUACUGGAUGGAAGCCCCACCCUUUGUGUUUCCCGCACCGUCAAUCAAAAUAGGGGGAAAAAAAAAAUCCCGCGCCUGGUUCUCUCCGUCCGCAGCGCUGCUCGGGAUUAUUAUUGUAACCAUGGCCCGCGACUGAAUAAACCUAGCGCGGCCCGCCAGUGGGGGGUUUGGUGCGAAUUGAGGUUUUUUGCCAAUCCUGCCACAAACACAAUGACCGCUCCGGAGCAGCCCGUCAAACGAGAGGAAAUGGCCGCCCUGGAAGUAGACGGUCAGAGUGAGUAUCUGCAGCAACACGGAGACAGCAGCAGCGCCGGCGAUGACAGCGACCAAGGCGGUGGGCAGACCCAUGAUUUGGCGUCGUUGCAGAUAUCAGGAGGCCCAAAUAGAUGGGAAGUGUUGACUCCUGCACAGGCUGCUUUAAAAGAUGAAGCUGGAAACAUUGUACAGAUUCCAGGUGGUGCUACAGUAACAUCAAGUGGACAGUAUGUGCUGCCAAUUCAGACUCUGCAAAACCAACAUUUAUUUUCUGUAGCACCUGGAUCAGAUACUGCUAAUGGUACUUUGUCUAAUGUCCAAUAUCAAGUAAUACCACAGCUGCAGACAUCUGAUGGACAACAAGUCCAGCUUGGCUUCACCACAUCCUCUGAUAAUGGAGGCCUGGACCAGGAUGGUGGUCAAAUUCAGAUAAUUCCUGGAAACCAUUCAGGUAGUCUUUUGUCCUCAAGUCCAAACUUAUUAACACAAGCUGGUCAAAUUCAGCAGAUUCAGGGGGUAACCAUUGGGGGUACAUCCUAUGCUGGCCAAACACUUGGACUACCUGGUAACAUUACCUUUGUUCCCAUAAAUAGUGUUGACCUAGAUUCUUUAGGUCUGACUGGCAGCACUGAAGCCAUGACCGCAGGCAUUACUGCGGAUGGACAUUUGAUAAGUGGGCAUGGUAUAGACAACUGUGAUAAUUCAGAAAGGACUGCAGAACAUGAGCAUGUUUCUCCUGAUGGUGGUGAUACCAAUUCAGAUACCGAUUUGUUUGUGCCAACGUCAUCGUCAUCUCAGCUUCCUGUUACUAUAGAUGGGACAGGAAUGCUUCAGCAAAAUGCAAACAGCUUGACUGACAGUCCAAGUGGGCAUGUGCAAACAUCUGAUCUCCAUGGAAAUUACAUCCAGGCGUCAAUGACUGACGAGUCACAGAAUAUUCAGGUUUCCACUUCACAACCUAUGGUACAGCAGAUUCAGCUUCAUGAUAGUCAGCCUACCAGUCAAGCCCAGCUUGUGCAGAGCAUUGCACAGCAGGCAAUCCAAGCCGUUCAGGGUAGUGCUCAAGGUUUAUCUUCCCAAGCUUUGCAAAACCUCCAGUUGCAGCUUAAUCCAGGAACAUUCUUAAUUCAGGCUCAAACAGUGACUCCUUCUGGCCAGAUUGCCUGGCAGACAUUUCAAGUUCAAGGCGUGCAGAACUUGCAAAAUUUGCAGAUUCCCAAUUCCUCUGCUCAACAGAUAACCUUGACACCUGUGCAAACUCUCACACUCGGGCAAGUUGGAGGAGGGGGUACUCCUGUUAGUUUGAAUGCCAGCCAGUUGCCAAAUCUACAGACUGUUACAGUUAACUCUCUUGAUGCAGCUGGAAUUCAUUUACACCAUGGUGAGAACUCUGACAGCCCUACAGCUAUAAGGAUCAAAGAGGAAGAACCUGAUCCAGAUGAAUGGCAACUUGCUGGUGACUCUACUGUGAACACCAAUGAUUUAACACAUUUGAGAGUCCAGGUUGUUGAUGAUGAACUGGACCAACCAAACCAGGAGGGGAAAAGACUGAGAAGAGUAGCUUGCACUUGUCCUAACUGCAAAGAUGGUGCCGGAAGGGGCACCAACCUUGGAAAAAAGAAACAGCACGUUUGUCACAUCCCAGGAUGUGGCAAAGUUUAUGGAAAAACUUCCCAUCUGAGAGCCCAUCUUCGCUGGCAUUCAGGGGAACGUCCUUUUGUUUGUACCUGGAUGUUUUGUGGUAAGAGGUUUACGCGAAGUGAUGAAUUACAGAGACACAGAAGAACGCAUACUGGUGAAAAGAAGUUUGUCUGCCCCGAGUGUUCAAAACGUUUUAUGAGAAGUGACCACCUUGCCAAACACAUUAAGACACAUCAGAAUAAGAAAGGCAUUCAUGCCAGCAGUGCAGUUCUGGCAUCCAUAGAAGCAAAGCCCGAGGAUACUUUGAUAACUACAGACGGAACAACCUUAAUCCUUGCAAACAUUCAUCAGGGUUCCAUCUCCGGCAUAGGAACUAUUAAUACUGGCACCAGCAAUCAAGAUCUACUUUCCAAUUCCGAGAUCCCUUUACAACUGGUUGCAGUUUCCGGAAAUGAGACAAUUGAGUAAUUAUCACACAACACCUAUUAAUGUUGGUUAUUUUUAUACAUUAGUGAGAUAAAGAAACCUUGUUCUUGAGUUCUUAGAUAUCUUUUUAUUGAUGUGCAAACUUUUUUGGAUUGACAGUAACUUGGUUCUAUAUGACCCUGAAAUGCCUUACUUUGUAUGCUAUUCCAUAAGUAUGAUCAAAUGGUAAAAUGUGCAUGGCUUUUGUAGGUACUUUUGGAAUCUAGUACAGAUGAUAUAAUUUUACCAUGAUACAUACAAGUAUAAAUAAUGUUGACAGAUGGAAACGGUAGUCUAACCAAACGCUUCAAUCCAGUGUGGUUUAGUGUAAAAAAAAAACAACAAAAAUGAAAAAAAAAAAAUACAAAUUAAAAAAAAAAACAGAAAAAAAUAACAUGUUGGUAUUUAUCUAUUGUAAGAUAACAAAGUCGAUGGGUGAAAAAGAUGUUAUGAUAAAUGAAAUUUUGUAAUUUUCUCGAUGACUGGAAUUUUUUUAUUAUGCAUAACUGACAAAUCACGUUUCCCAGCAAAUACUAUGUAGACUUGGCUUUAUCUUGGCUCAACAACUUAUCAGUUAACAGUCAAAAUAAACUUUUUUUUUUUUUUUUUUUUUUUAAAUUAGGUAAAAACUGUACACAAUUUUAAGCAUUUCUCCAACAAGGUUUUAACAUGGUUCUGUAGGCAUCAGUCACUGUCUAAGAAUGUUUUGUAAAGCCAUGUGCAAGAUUUAAUUUGCCAAAACCAAAUCUUGUUCAAAUUGUUUGUCCCGACGGCAAUAUAUAACCAUUGUCUAAAGACUUUGUAGGUUAAAAGCGUUUCGAGUGGUUUAACGUUACAGCUCAAGCACCCACUUUAUUGAACACUGAUGGACCAAAAACAAUUGUGAACUGUGUUUAGCACAUCUUUCCUUCAGUCUCGUGUAUAUCCAACAGCUUCAAACCCAUCGUUGUAAAUGAACAAGUAAAGCGUUUGCAACCAUGAUUUUUUAUCUUUCCAUAGUCAAACCACAAGGCAUACAAAUCCUAGUCCUGGGAAUUAGGGAGUUAGGGUGUUUAUUUGAUUUUACUUUCAUUUAGUCUUGUGAAUCCGCAUUUAAACACCUUUCUUUUCUUCCAUUUUUUUUUCCUGUUUUGUUGCUUCUACCCAUUAAAAAUUGUAUGUAUCGAAUACAUUUACCUGAUAAAUAUGUAUAUUUUUUUUUUAUUAUGUUGCUGUAUUUUCGUUUUAUUUUUUAAUUGUUUAUAUUUUCAACAAUAGAAAAGUGUAAAAAAAAAAUUACAAAGUUACAUUGCAGGAAUGUAAAUGCUAUACCAUUUUUCUAAGAAGUAGUACAAAUAAAAAUUAAAAAUAAGCUGCAACUCCUCCAACAGUUCACGUAGUUGCAGGCUUUGUUUGGGUCUGUUAUUCCUACCACCCCAGAAUAGUAAAAAAAAAAAAAAAAAAAAGCUACCUUAAAGUGUAUGUUCCAAAUGUAAUAUAACAGUGUGGUAGUUUAAUAAAACACUAUUUUCUUUCUUUUGACUUUGCUGUAUUGCUAUUCAUUAUCAGAUUAAGAGAGACACACCAUUUCCUUGCAAUGUUAAAGGCAGGUAAAUAAUGUAUAUAUUUUAUUCAUGAGCAACAUUUAUCGAUUGGGGACCUCCCCCCCACAUACAUUUUAAGAAUUUUAAGUGCAGCUGCACAUCUUCACAAUGAGAUAUUAAAUAAAAGACAUCUUGCAUUUUUAUCAAUAUAUAAAUAUCUAUAUCUUUGUGAAGGAAUCACUCGAGGGCCUCAAAACAAAAGCCGCUAUACAUUUUGGGUUCACUGUAAAUAUCUACAGGCUGAAUAUAAAGUCUAUUGGCCACUUGUCUCUUCACCAACAGUUCUGCUUGAUAGAUAAUACUGUAUCAUAGAUGCGUUGCUUAUAUAGUUACAAUUCUUGUUUUAUGCAUUAUUGUCCAGUUCAUAGAUAAAAUGAGACCCGACGAGUUUUUUUUUUCUCUCCCCUUUUUAAAUCCAUUUAAAAGAAUUUGUAAUGUUUUUUGUCAUUUGUAGUUGAUUAUAUUGCAUAGAUUGAAGAAAGUGUUUUGUGUUCUAUGUUUAUGCUUCAGUAUGGUUCUUAAACCUAGAUGGCUGUAUGUUAAGCAUGUGACUAUAACUAACUCACCUAAAAUGUUCAUUGUUUGUCGCCAUAAGAGAGGCCACUUUGGUAUCACGAAUGCAACGUUAAAUGUUUUUUUGGGGGUUUUUUUUUUCACUUUUUCUUGGGCUCUUCCUACCCUGGUGUUUAAAUUUCUGAUAUGAUACAACAAUAUAAAGAUUGUCUGUUAAUGUACAACCUAGUUUUGUUUUCGAAAGCCAAAUUAUUAUUUUCCUCUCUUAGUUUUAUCGGCUUUGUAGGUCUUUUUACGAAGAACAUCAUUUCAACAGGAACCUGCGACUUUUGAUAUUAUGCAGCCCUAUUGCAGGCAAGCACCUUACCAUAUAUAUCUGUAACUGCAACAACCAUUGUACAGUUGUAUGUAAUAUUAAAUGUUACGGCUUGUUCACAAAGCA